AUGGCUGCAAAUAUCCCUGAUGAGAAGAUGAACGCCGUCGAGGGCCCUAUUUCUGACAACGGCUCCGAAGAAGUUGUCAACGCUUCAGGCCACAAGCAGGAACUACAGCGGAACUUUGGCCUUUUGAGCAUUUGUGCCAUUGCUGUCACCACCGGAAACACCUGGAUCGCUCAAGGCGGAAGUGUGACUAUCAACAUUUCCAAUGGAGGCCCUGCCGGUGUUAUCUAUGAAUUCAUUGCUGUUUCUAUUUGCUAUUGGUUUGUCGCCGCGUCUAUCGCUGAAUUGGCAUCUGCUAUGCCUUCAGCAAGUGGAGUCUAUCACUGGGCUUCCAUCACAGCGGGCAAGUAUGGCCGUGCAUGUGGAUGGUUCGCUGGCUACUGGAACACGCUAGCCUGGGUAUUUGGUGCAGCAUCCAUGUCCUCUAUCCUGGGAAACCAGACUGUUUCCAUGUAUGCUCUCUUCCACCCACAGUUCACACCACAACCAUGGCACGUCUUCGUCAGCAUGCUCAUCUGCACCUGGAUUUGCUGUACGAUCGUGCUCUUUGCCAACCGACUUCUUCCACAAAUCGGCAACUUGGGCAUGGUUCUCAUUAUUGGCGGUGUUUUUGUCACUAUAAUUGUUUGUGCUGUUAUGCCGUAUGUCAAUGGAGUGGGAUAUGCUUCCGACGAGUUCGUCUGGAGAAGCUGGACCAGUGAUACGGGAUAUUCGAGUCAAGGCUUCGUCUUCGUUACCGGCAUGCUAAAUGGAGCAUACAGUGUUGGCACACCUGACGUAACCUCGCAUCUCGCUGAGGAAAUACCACAUCCCAGCAGGAAUAUCCCCAAAGCCAUUCUGGCUCAGAUGACAGUCGGCUUCAUCACAGGUUUUCUUUACAUGAUCGCCAUGUUUUAUUCUAUCCAAAAUUUGGACGAUGUCGUGGGAAGUGUCUUUGGUUUCCCAUUGGCAGAGAUCUAUCGUCAAGCCACAGGUACCAGAGGUGGUGCCCUCGGCCUACUAAUUGUCGCCUUUCUUCCAACCCUCGUCACCUGCGUCGGAUGCUACAUCACUGCUGGCCGAACACUCUGGACUCUUGCCCGGGACAAUGCGACUCCAUUCUCUGGUUUCGUUGGCCGCAUCAACAACAAAAUGCACAACCCGUUCAACGCCACUUUGAUCUGUGGCUGCUUGAUCACAAUUCUAGCUUGUAUUUACGUCGGAUCGUCUACAGCGUUCAACGCCUUUGUCGGUUCCUACGUCCAGCUUUCGACGCUGUCAUACUUCACUGCCAUUUUCCCCCACGUUUUGUCAAGGCGAUCUUCCAUCACUCGUGGAUACUUUUGGAUGAAAGGCGCAGUUGGUUACAUUGUCAACAUUGUGUCCUGCAUCUACAUUCUCGCAUUCAUCGUUAUCUUCUGCUUCCCUUACACGCUCCCUACCGAUGCCAAGUCAAUGAAUUAUGCCAGUCUGAUCACUGGUGGACUCACCAUUUUCAUCGCCAUUUGGUGGUUUAUUCACCAACGCCACUACGUUGGUCCCCAGGCCAUUCCGCUCACAGACCGCAAGGUUGCGGACGACGCCAAAUAA